GCCUAAUGCGUGGAUGAUGAGUUAAGAAUAUCAUUUUUUGUUUUUCGGUGAAAGUUGUGUUAUAACGUAUAGUAAGAGGCUUGAAAAUGAAUGUCUGAAUAAUUGAAAUAAUAAAACGUAACGCCUCAGGGGAAAUCCUGACGUUUGAUUUGUUGAACGCUGACAGGUAGACGUAAAAUGGUGACAUUGAAAUAAGUUAAUAAUUUUUAUAAUAUAUUUUAGUCGUCUAACUAACCGAGGGGUAUAAUCAUAUAUCUGUGUUUAUGAAAGCGAGGAAAAUAGUCGUGUUUUGGAUCAUUACGCUUAAUCUGUAAAGUUUUGCAGUUCAUUUGUAGGAAAAUCUUUGAUUGGCCAGACGAACGAAUUCACGUGGAAAGGAAAACAUGCAGACGAUUUAGUUCCUAGCGCGCGUCCAACGAAGCAGAAGAUUCUUGUGUCAGUAAAUAAAGAACAGAUUGGAUGUAUCAUUCCCUUCAUUGAACAGAGUAAAUAAACAUGAAAACAUGUUAAGGCUUAUAAUUAUGUUCCAAUUUGUGCAAUAAUUUUUUGGGAUAAAAAUUCGAAAUGGUGAAGAGAGGAUUUAGAAAUAGUUUUUCAUGUAUGCGGAAUUAUUUGACGUUGAAAUCUUUAUUAACAUUCUGUCGGCUGACUUGCAUAAUAAAUUUGGUGAUUCUAUGGCCACAGACGGUUGUUGCACAGUGCCCGGAUGUAGAGACGUUGAAGAGCGAUGCCGAGGCGUGUUUUCGACCUUACAGUACACAGAAACUCUACCUUGACCGUAAUGACCAAAAACUGUUUUCCGGUAUAGAUAUUGAAAUACUCCGAGCUUAUUGCAGUUCCUACUUAAAAGCGAUGCAGUGCGUAUCUAAGUUACUGAAGGACUGUCCACAGUCCUCACAAAAGCAAGUUGAAGAGGCUAUAGUCAACUAUAAUGGUAUACAAGAAGAGCUUACAGAUCUGUGUACUACACAAAGAUUAUAUGAACUUUACGCACAAUACAUGACAUGUUAUUCCACGAGAGGCCAGAAAUCAGAAUGGUGUUACAAAAGCAAGCUAAACAAUACCGUUCCCAAUAUAUAUACCCAACCCACAGAACAAUUCUGUAGACGAGUUCAAGAAGCAACAUUUUGUAUAGAAAACAAUAUACGACAAGGGUGUGGCGAGCAAGCUAAGGAACUCGUGCAUCUGCUCGUGACGCCUACAAUUAGUGGCAGCGCACAAUGUAAAUACAAUAUUGUAGAGGAGAAGACUCCUCAAACAAUGAAAACAGUUGACAGUGGUGGAGGUGGUGCAAGUAAGCCAAGUGAACGAGCAACAUCAUCACAAUCUAAUAAUAGUCAUUCGUCUGCUGCAAACUGUUCAGCAAACUAUAUUUUAUUAUCGAUUUCAUUAUAUUUGUCAUGUUUAGCUCAUUUGUUUAAACCUCGGGGACUUUCAUGAUAUUGUUUGUAGCUUGUAAAUGUUUCAAUUGUAUAUUUUCAUUUGCUAGAAGUUUCUCAGAAAUGAUCGAAUUAUUCAUAAACAGGCUCCAUGGUCAUAAAUCUGAGUCUGAAGACCAGUCGCAGAAUGCAGCCUUGUCAUUGGUCAAUUUCAAAAUUCUGCUCAAAAUCGUCCAAUCAGAGGCUAGAGUUUUUAGACUGGUGUCCACACUAGUUUUAUAACCUUGGAGCCACAUCUGCCAUUGAAUAUUAUGUGCAGAAAGGAAUAGGGGCAUAUAACACACUCAGAUAUUUGUGAUUUUCUUCAUGAUGUCGACCAUUUAGUGCCAUCUUUUUAUUGUUCAUUUGUUGGAUUUAAAGAAUGUUUUCACACAAGUGGAAGAAAUGGCUAUACAUUGAUCUUACUUUUAUUUCUAUAACCAUUAUUUUAAGAAAAAACUUUUUGAAUGGUCAAAUAAUUUCGCUAAAUUCUACCCUAUUCUAUCAACACGUAUAACUGAGGAUAUGUUUACGUUGACAUAUACGAGUGUGUUUAUAAAUAUGGUCACCAAUUUCUUUGACCAACACACUUAAGAAAGCCUGUGCCUUUUUUUAUUAUAAAGCUUUAACUGGAACUAUUAAAGACUUUUUUUCCAAAGGUCUUUUUUAUUCCAAAAGAAGGGAAAUUGUUAACUUUUCUAUGUUUCUCUAAAUGCACAAAGUACUAACAGUUAAUAUUGUAUUUACUCAAAUUUCUCAAAUUAACUUAUGCACAACUUUUUUUUAAUCAAACAUUUCUAUGUGUUCAGCUAGUCACUGUUGCAUUGUUAUUUCUGUUCUUAAUUAUCAUUCUCGUCAUAUUUUUGUAUUCAGCACCAGUUAUUUAAGGGCGUUUGGGGUUUUAUUUGCUAUUUUUAUUGUUAAAGGGACUGACCUCCAGAUCUUACAACAAAGAAAAAGGAAAAAUUUAAGAUAUUGGGAAAUUAUUGCUAUAUUUCGUAAGAAGGACUUGAAACUUAGAUGCUGACAGAUUAUUUAUUAUGGAAACAUGUAAGAACAAGUUGUUUAUCCUAAUUUUUCCAUUGAAAAUUGAAAAGCAUUUCUCCUGGGUGUAACCAAAGGUAAACUGCCUUAGUUAUUAAGCUUUAUAUAAUAAUCACUAAGCACCAAUUCCUGUGGUAUAUUACAAGACAGGGAAGUUUUACUGCUGAGGCAACCCGGCUUCAAUUCCCGAUUCAGACAGGAAUAUUUUCCUAGAUUUAGCAUUUUGAAAAAUAGCUUAGAAACAGAAACUCAUUUUCUC